AAUAGCAGUAAUCGCCGAAAAAAGUCGGCAACACUGCACGAAUUCAACGUGUUGUUCAUGGUAGGAUCGCGAAGUAAACAGAGGCAGAGGUGCGAGUGGAGCUCAUUACUACUGAAGAAAUCUAGGCACAUUUCACAAGGAAUCGCUGUUCGUUGAAUGAAGCUUUACCGACGAGAAAACAAUAUGGAUACGUUUAGAUGGAUUAUGCUGCUGGUUUACAAAUCUAGGACAACUUGAUCUCGAGGAACAAUAAAUCAGCUAUUUUUCAUCCAUGGUGGUUGCAAGUUGUAAAGCGAUGGAUGGUAUCGGGAAUACAAUGCAGAAGAAGGCUGCGGAGCUCGAGCGCAUGGCCGAGGUUCUCGUCACCGGAGAGCAGUUGAGGCUGCGUCUCCAUGAAGGGAAGGUGGUUAAGGACCGCAGGCAUCACCUGAGGACGUAUCCCAACUGCUUUGUGGCCAAGGAGCUGAUCGACUGGCUGCUGGAGCACAAGGAGGCGUCCGACAGAGACACGGCCAUCAGGAUCAUGCAGAAACUCCUGGAUCAGAGCAUCAUCCAUCACGUUUGUGACGAGCACAAGGAGUUCAAAGACAUGAAGCUGUUCUAUCGCUUCCGGAAAGAUGACGGGACGUUUCCGCUGGACAACGAAGCCAAGGUCUUCAUGAGGGGACAACGGAUAUAUGAAAAGCUCAUGAUGAACACAGAGACGUCCAUCCUAGCGACUCGGGAAGAAGAGGGUGAGACGUUUGAACGGACGCUGGUGGCCUCCGAGCUUGUUGAUUGGCUGCUGGCGGAGGGAGAGAUGGCGACCCGAGAGGAGGCGGAGCAUCUUGGACGGAGGCUUCUAGAACACGGGAUCAUGCAGCACGUGACCAACAAGCAGCACUUUGUGGAUGGAGGGCUGCUAUACCAGUUCAGACUGAACUUCAGAAGGAGACGGCGUCUGAUGGAGCUGCUGAACGAGCGCUGCCGUACCAUCCCAGAGAGCCACGACAGCCCCUUCUGUCUCCGCAAACAGAACCCGGAGGGAGGCAACACCAGCUUCCUGUCUGUGAGUCCUACUAAAGAGAUGAAGAUGAUAGUGGGUAUCCGUCGGAGCAGCAUGAGCAGCAGCUGUGGCAGCAGUGGUUACUAUAGCAGCAGUCCCACCCUCAGUAGCAGCCCCCCGGUGCUCUGUAACCCAAAGUCAGUGUUGAAGAGGCAAGUGAGUCCUGAGGAGCUGCAGACCCCAGGAGGCCCUUACAUAAAGAAGACAUUCACAAUCGUGGGGGACGCGGUGGGCUGGGGCUUCGUGGUGCGGGGCAGUAAGCCCUGCCAUAUCCAGGCUGUCGACCCCAGUGGUCCCGCAGCUGCAGCUGGGAUGAAGGUGUGCCAGUUUGUGGUCUCGGUCAACGGGCUUAACGUGCUGUCUCUGGACUACAGGACAGUCAGUAACCUCAUCCUGACCGGGCCCAGGACCGUUGUCAUGGAAGUCAUGGAGGAAGCAGAUUACUGAAGAGGCAGGCUAUCACGUGCCAGGGGGCGUGGCUGAGCAGAGUAGACCCAAGGCAGACCCUAAAGACACCAUGGAGAAAGACGUGCCUUUAUGGAACUCUAUGAAAACUCUCUCUGGGCUUCUAACUCUAUGGGAAACUCUCUGGACUUCUAACUCUGUGGGAAACUCUCUGGGCUUCUAACUCUAUGGGAAACUCUCUGGACUUCUAACUCUAUGGGAAACUCUCUGGACUUCUAACUCUGUGGGAAACUCUCUGGGCUUCUAACUCUGUGGGAAACUCUCUGGGCUUCUAACUCUGUGGGAAACUCUCUGGGCUUCUAACUCUGUGGGAAACUCUCUGGGCUUCUGACUCUGUGGGAAACUCUCUGGGCUUCUAACUCUAUGGGAAACUCUCUCUGGGCUUCUAACUCUAUGGGAAACUCUCUCUGGGCUUCUAACUCUAUGGGAAACUCUCUCUAGGCUUCUAACUCUAUGGGAAACUCUCUGGACUUCUAACUCUGUGGGAAACUCUCUGGGCUUCUAACUCUGUGGGAAACUCUCUCUGGGCUUCUAACUCUGUGGGAAACUCUCUCUGGGCUUCUAACUCUAUGGGAAACUCUCUCUGGGCUUCUAACUCUAUGGGAAACUCUCUCUAGGCUUCUAACUCUUUGGGAAACUCUCUGGGCUUCUAACUCUGUGGGAAACUCUCUGGGCUUCUUACUCUGUGGGAAACUCUCUGGGCUUCUAACUCUAUGGGAAACUCUCUCUAGGCUUCUAACUCUUUGGGAAACUCUCUGGGCUUCUAACUCUAUGGGAAACUCUCUGGACUUCUAACUCUGUGGGAAACUCUCUGGGCUUCUAACUCUGUGGGAAACUCUCUCUGGGCUUCUAACUCUGUGGGAAACUCUCUCUGGGCUUCUAACUCUGUGGGAAACUCUCUCUGGGCUUCUAAUUCUAUGGGAAACUCUCUCUAGGCUUCUAACUCUUUGGGAAACUCUCUGGGCUUCUAACUCUGUGGGAAACUCUCUGGGCUUCUUACUCUGUGGGAAACUCUCUGGGCUUCUAACUCUAUGGGAAACUCUCUCUAGGCUUCUAACUCUUUGGGAAACUCUCUGGGCUUCUAACUCUGUGGGAAACUCUCUGGGCUUCUAACUCUGUGGGAAACUCUCUGGGCUUCUAACUCUGUGGGAAACUCUCUCUGGGCUUCUAACUCUGUGGGAAACUCUCUCUGGGCUUCUAACUCUAUGGGAAACUCUCUCUGGGCUUCUAACUCUAUGGGAAACUCUCUCUGGGCUUCUAACUCUAUGGGAAACUCUCUCUCUGGGCUUCUAACUCUAUGGGAAACUCUCUCUCUGGGCUUCUAACUCUAUGGGAAACUCUCUCUCUGGGCUUCUAACUCUAUGGGAAACUCUCUCUCUGGGCUUCUAACUCUAUGGGAAACUCUCUCUCUGGGCUUCUAACUCUAUGGGAAACUCUCUCUCUGGGCUUCUAACUCUAUGGGAAACUCUCUCUCUGGGCUUCUAACUCUAUGGGAAACUCUCUCUCUGGGCUUCUAACUCUAUGGGAAACUCUCUCUCUGGGCUUCUAACUCUAUGGGAAACUCUCUCUCUGGGCUUCUAACUCUAUGGGAAACUCUCUCUCUGGGCUUCUAACUCUAUGGGAAACUCUCUCUCUGGGCUUCUAACUCUAUGGGAAACUCUCUCUCUGGGCUUCUAACUCUAUGGGAAACUCUCUCUCUGGGCUUCUAACUCUAUGGGAAACUCUCUCUCUGGGCUUCUAACUCUAUGGGAAACUCUCUCUGGGCUUCUAACGCUGUGGGAAACUCUCUCUGGGCUUCUAACUCUAGGAAAGACUCAGUCAAGCUCUGCCAGCAACCACCCACUGUCUCUUUCCUAUUGGACACUGCUUCCCUCUGAUGGCCUCCAAUAGAACUGCUUGGAGAAGAGAGGGAGGACAUUAGCUACUCUGUUAGAUACACACAUCUUGUCAUUGUCCUCCUGUCUCAUCUGUCUAGUGGAUGUUGAGACAUCAGAUGGACCCUGAUAACAUAACGGUCCACUGCUCCAUGAUUAGGGGGCUGUCCCCUUCUGGGUUCUCACGGUCUCCUGUGGGCUGGGCUGUGUGUUUUCGUUAUGUAUUGAUGGUACUACCUACCCAUGUGUGAAGCUGUGUGUGGAGAGACAGUUCUGGACCUGUCUAGAUCUGUCUGUCUUUCUCUAUCCCAGGAUGAUAUGUGGUGAAGCUGAGGACAGGCCUGAAUGAGACAGACAGCAUCAUUUGGGACAGGCCUGAAGGAGACAGACAGCAUAUCAUUCGGGACAGGCCUGAAGGAGACAGACAGCAUAUCAUUUGGGACAGGCCUGAAGGAGACAGACAGCAUAUCAUUUGGGACAGGCCUGAAGGAGACAGACAGCAUAUCAUUCGGGACAGGCCUGAAGGAGACAGACAGCAUAUCAUUUGGGACAGGCCUGAAGGAGACAGACAGCAUAUAAUUCGGGACAGGCCUGAAGGAAACAGACACCAUAUCAUUCGGGACAGGCCUGAAGGAGACAGACAGCAUAUAAUUCGGGACAGGCCUGAAGGAGACAGACAGCAUAUCGUUCGGGACAGGCCUGAAGGAGACAGACAGCAUAUCAUUCGGGACAGGCCUGAAGGAGACAGACAGCAUAUCGUUCGGGACAGGCCUGAAGGAGUCAGACAGCAUAUAAUUCGGGACAGGCCUGAAGGAAACAGACAGCAUAUUGUUCGGGACAGGAGUGUGAAGCAUUAGCAAGUGACUGUUCAAUCCGCUGGGCCACAUGAUGAUGCAAACCACAUCCAACAUCUCCAAAGCUGUUUGGGCGUGACACAGACACCAGCCUGGUUACACUGUCGUUGGCUAGAGAUCACUCACUAUACAUUGUGGUAGUUGUGUGAAGUUGGCCUUAGUUUAACCAAGCAAACAGGGUUGUAUAAUGUUCAUGUUUAUGCAGGACUAAUUGUUGUCAAUGAUGUGUCUUUUCCCAGUACACUUAGGGCGAGUUUCCCGGGCAACAAAUCCUGGACUAAAAAGUCUAAAUCAAUGAAUAAUCUCCAUUUGAAAGUAUCUUCCUUUUUUUUUUUUUUUGUCCAAGAUUAUUCUUUGUCCGGGAAACCGUCCCUUGGAGAUAAAGUAGGUAGCUGCUAGCUAGUUAAUGAGAUAACACUAGACUGGAUGGUUCCGGUCUACUGUCUGUAGGCCUGAAUAUCAUGAUUAUAAUUACCACAUAAAGGAUAUGACUCAGUAUGUAGACCAAAAGGUUGUGCUACUAACACCUACCUUCACUCUGUCAUGACACAACAAACCAUUACCCAUCAGGCCCCUUUCCCAGACAUGCAUUUUGCCUAGUCUUGGACGAGAAAGCAAGCUGAAAUGGAGAAUCUCCGUUGAAAGAGCUUUUUAGUCCAGGGAAACUGCUCAUAGUGAUUAUAAAUGGGGUGGUUUGCAUAGUUUUCUAAGAUUUAUAAUGUGUAAUGACAGUGAUGAGUGCGUUUUUUUUUAGCCCUGGCGUUGAGGCCUAUGACGACACCCACCUGUUACCAAUAGCCGAAUGUGGAGGUCGUAUAUCCACUGUAGUCCCUAGUCGUUCAGAAGUGGCAUGCUCUACACUACCGUCAAUUCUAUAAGAUAUGGAUAUGUUAACAUAUAUAUAGUUAAUGUAGAUCUAUGUAUGGAUUUAGGUUGAUUAAGGCACUUUAAAUAUGAAAAUAACUGUUUGCAUCAGUUUGUUUUCUAGUUAAAAUGUCAGAAAAUAGUUAAUGUGUUAAGACGUCACUCUACUGUACCAUCCUGAAACCUAAACAUAUUAAGAAUUAUCAACCCAUUUUUUUUUUUUUGCCAUCAGACCCGAUCUACUUGUAUUUAAGAAGGAAAAGGGGUUUUAUUUUGGUAGCUAGCUGUGAAUUUAAAGUAGAAUAACUGUUUUUCUCAUGCCAUCAAUAAUCUAUGGCAGUAUUUAAUAACUGUAUGAUAACAGAAUCGUCUGUAGCUCAGUGUACCAGGGUCAACUGUUGUCUUAUGACAUCACUUCCUGGUCAGAUAAAGUAGCCUAGAUUCAUUGUAAGAUUUAAAAAUAAUAAAAGAAUAGCAGCACAAGCUCUCUGUUCCUGUUCACCUGGCUUCAAUAUGCAGUGUUGUUGUUUACCAUAAUGUCAAGCCUCAAAUCAUAGGUUUUUUAUUUUGGAAAACAGUCACUUUUUGACAAGCUAGGAUUCUGUCUCUUUUAUAAAUGUGCUGAAAUGUGUAAAGCAACGAAAUGCAUAAUUCAAGAAACGAUGUAAGUGUAUGUAGCGCUUGUUUACAAUCCAGGGUUCUUUUUUCACGACUGAUACAAUAUCAUUGGUUAGCUCUCACUAACAUUAGACAUCAGUGAUUGGGUGAAUGGCUGCUCUCACUAACAUUAGACAUCAGUGAUUGGGUGACUGGCUGCUCUCACUAACAUUAGACAUCAGUGAUUGGGUGACUGGCUGCUCUCACUAACAUUAGACAUCAGUGAUUGGGUGAAUGGCUGCUCUCACUAACAUUAGACAUCAGUGAUUGGGUAAUGCAUGAGGUUUUCGUGGUAUGUUUGUUUUACACAUUUCUGCUCCACCACCUAGUUUCACUUUAGUCCUGUAAUUAUUGGUUCUGUCGUACAAGGAAAGGCUUGUGUUGUUUGGUAAGCGAGAACUUAGAGAAAUGCACAUUACAAUGAGUUAUUUUAUACCUCAGCUGUUUUUGGUUACACUUUACUGAAAGCAUCCAGGUUAAAAUGCAUGAUAACUUGUUAUUUGCAUGAGCCUUUUAUGAUGUCUUAUAAUCAGGCGUAUAAAAAUACUUAUCAUGUAUUAAUACCUGUGUGCUUUAAACAGACACAAUGACCAGAAAGAGCUGAAAAUCCAGUCACUUUUGGACUUUUUAAAUGUGCCAUGUUAUAAUCUUGAAACAUUUGCCUUAAUAACUUUUGAUUGUACUGCUAUAGUCUUCUUUUCAGUUGGUGGUCAUCUAAUAUUUUGAAUAUCUUCUCUGAAAGGGUUCACUAUGCUAUCCUCUUCCUGAUCUGUCUUACUAUACUAACCUUCUGCUGCUUAUUUUACGGACUGAUCAUCUUUUGUCUCGACAAUCAGUGUUCUGUUGAUACACACGGUCUGCGUUCCAGAUGGUAGUGCACUACUUUUGACCAGGGCCCAGUGGGGAGGGGGGGUUAUAUCACUAUAUAGGGAAUAGAAUGCCAUUUGAGACGCGACCCGAGUUCUGAACAGCACAUGGACUGACUGCAGUACGGAUAGAGCUACAACCUGCCACGUACACUCUGCUUCCUAGAAGGUUUUACUAAUGGUAAUGAAUCAAUGACUUGAUUAAAGAAUAAAAAAAAUAAUAAUAAUGUUUUGUAAAAAUAAUCAGUCAGCAGCUCAUUUUAAAGGGAUUAAUUAAUCUACAGAUCAUUAUGUUCAUUAAUAAUCUAUGUACAUUUAAAUGAUCUAGAUUACACUCUGUGCUCACGAAGUGACUAUAUAAAGGCUUUAAUAGCAGUUUGUGUACAUACAUUUGAUAAAAUACAUUGUGUGGAUGAAUGUCAGGACAAUGAAAUAAAUAAGCUCACGUGUGGUAUCACGUCUGUGUUGCGCAAUGCAGCUAAAGGCAUACAGUUCAAAUGUAAAGUUCAUAUGUGUUUUAAUAAACAUACUGGUUUGGUUCAAAA